GCGUGAGGGUUGACGUCGCGGUGUUUUGAAAGGAGGAAGGAGAGAGAGGGAGAGAGAAAGAGAGGAAGGAGGAAAAAAAGAGGAGUAGGGGCGGCAGCGCGGAGGAGCGAGGGCGGUUUCUGUGGGCGAUUGAUGGGCAGCAGAGGUCGCGCAGCCGUCGCCAGGUCCGCUCCGAGCUCCAGCAACCGAGUUCGAAGGCAGCGAGGGGCGGGGAGCGGUACUCGAGCUUCGGCCCGCGUUGCUGUGUGAGCGGGAGCAGGCCGGGCGGGCGAAAUAUGAGGGGGGAAGGGAUGUCUUUCUACAUAAUCAACAUUUGCUGCUGUGCUGAUGUAUGAUGGAGAAAAUAAUGUUGAAUAGGAAAUGAAGAUAGAGGGAUUGGCAAUAGAAAGGGGUGAUUGAUUAGAGGAGAGAGAUAAGGAUGAGCACAAAUCCUCCAAAUCGCCCAGGAAUUGUGUUUGCGGUGGGGGCUCGUUUGGAGGCCCAAGAUUAUCUGCAGAAAUGGUAUACAUCACGAAUUGAAAAGAUUGACUAUGAGCAGGGGAAAAUGCUGAUCCACUUCGAGAGAUGGAGCCAUCGGUAUGAUGAAUGGAUUUACUGGGAUAGUCAUCGCAUACGUCCUCUUGAAGGGCACUCAGUACGAAAAGAAGCACUUAAAGAUGAGGAAGAGAUUACAGAUUUCAAAACGGGAGAUGAAGUUCUGGCUCGUUGGACAGAUUGUCGUUACUAUCCUGCCAAAAUUGAAGACAUUAGUGAGGCGGGCACCUACACAGUGCAGUUUUAUGAUGGUGUUAUACGGUCUCUGAAACGAAUGCAUAUAAAGUCAAUGCCGGAAGAUGCCAAAGGGCAGGACUGGUUAGCUCUUGUUAAAGCUGCUACAGCAGCUGCUGCCGCCGCAAAGAGUAAGCCAGUCGCUAAGCACCGAGUUAAUAAAGAAAAGGAGGAAAGAAAAAUGGGAAGAGGAUCCCAUUUCAAAAAAGAACGAAGGAUGUCAGAUGUUAAAGUAAAAGAGGAUGAAGCACAAAAAAAACAAGAAGAGCCUGUAUCUGUUGCUAUCUCAGGAAACUCUGAGCCAUUGACCUUUGAGCCAAAGCAGACUUCAGGACAAGCAGAAACAUCAGGAGCUAGGAAGAGGAAGGCCAGUGUUAUUUGUUCAUUUCAGGCGAAAAGAGCUCGUCUCAACAAAAUCACAGGCCUAUUAGCAUCAAAAGCUGUGAGUGGUGAUGGUUCUGAAUUGCUAGAAGAUAGGAUUGGAAGCCACCCUGUGCCUGAUCAGCUGCUGUCCUCUGAUACAACUGACCAGCUGAAGACUGAAGUGAGCUGUGAUGAAUCCUAUCCUCUGAAUCAAAAAAGCGAUCCACUCUCUUCAACUCCAUCUGUGGUUAAAGUCCGAACAAGGAAGACAAAGCCAGAGGAUCCAUCCUGGAACAUAAAGGCUUCAGAUCCUUCUCCUAUCCCAACUGUACCUCAGGGCAAGGAGUUCCACAAUGUACAAUUUCCUCAGACAUUACCCCCACCUCCACCUUCAGAUAUCCCUCAGACUGGAUCUGACGUUUGCCAGCUUCCACCCGGAGGGUCCAGUUCCCUUGAGUUCAGUGACUUGGUGCCUCUUGACCUCUCCCAGAAUUCUAGGCACAAGAUCCCAGCAUCUGUUUCUUCUCUUCAACUCCCUGAAAAGGAACAAACAAUGAAACCUCAUUCUAAAACAAUGACUGAUGCACCCGUCGCUGCUUCUUCAUCAGCACCACCAUCCCAUCUCCCUGAUUUGCAGCCAGAGAAGUCUGUUGAUAUAAGCCUCAAAUCUUCCAAAGUCUUCAAGAAAAAGCGAUCAUCUGCAUCAUUCAGUAUAGAAGAAACAGACACUCCUCCUGCACCCUCUGUGAAGGAGAAGAACACAGAGAACAUGCCUGAGAAGAUAGUUCGGAAAUGUGUUGACAGAGACAGAAAUGCAGAAGUUGGAAUGAAAAGUGAAAAGAAGAUGAAGUAUGAAGAGAAGAGUUUAUUGCCUGGUAAAAAGGAGAGCAAAGAGAAGAAAGACAAAGGACAUGUUGAACUAAAACAAAAGAAAAAGAAAAAGAAGAAAAAGAAAUCCAAGUAUGAGUUGACAGACUGUGAAGGAUUCAAAGAUGUUUCUGUGGAAUCUUUGGAUAGGUGUCCCUCUCCUCUAAUAAAACCUGGAAGUUCCCUCUCUUUGCGUUGUGGAUCAGUGUUGAAACCAGCAUAUGUACCUCCAAAAUCUCACCCGUCCUCGGGAUCGUUGCUGGAGCUAAGCACAGAUCAUGUAUCUAGAUGUGAAUCGGCUCUUUCUGAUGAUGAGUUCUUUGAUGGUUCAUCAACGGAAAGUGCACUAAUGAGUGAAGAUUAUGGCCAGGAUCUGGACAAUUCAACAAAUCCAGAGGAGUCUCAAGAGGAGGAUGAUAGCAAUGCAAUAGUCCGUUGUGUUUGUGAAAUGGAUGAAGAAAAUGGGUUUAUGAUUCAGUGUGAAGAGUGCCUUUGUUGGCAGCACAGCAUCUGUAUGGGAUUACGAGAAGACAACAUUCCAGACCGAUAUAUUUGCCACAUCUGCCGGGAUCCGCCAGAUCAGAGAUGGAGUGCCAAAUAUUGUUAUGACAAAGAAUGGCUAAAAAACGGACAUAUGUAUGGCCUGUCGUUCUUGAAGGAGAAUUAUUCCCAGCAGAAUGCUAAGAAAAUAGUAUCAACGCACCAGCUCCUGGCUGAUGUUUAUAGUGUGACUGAAGUGCUCCAUGGGCUUCAACUGAAGAUUAAUAUCCUCCAGAGCAGAAAGCAUCCUGAUCUGCAUCUCUGGGCUCAGUCUUGCAUCAAAUCUACACAAGGCCAACCUGCUGGAGAAAAGAUCAAAGAAUGUAUGGACAGUCCCAAGCAGCCUGAGAAAGUCUGUCAUAAUCAGAGUCGUAAAGAAAGAACUAAACUCAGCCAGAAAGUAGAGGGAACCUACAUCACGAAUGAGCACAGCUACCAGAAGCCUCAGAGCUACGGCGUAGAAAAGAAGAUUACAAUGGACCACAACAGUUCAGAGGAUGAGGAAACCUGUAGAUCAGAGGAUCAGAGUACUUUAUUCAAAAAGACUGAAAGGCAAAUCGUGCAGAAAGCAGACAAUCUAUCUGAACAGGGGGCUACUGACUUUAAAGAAACAGUUAUGAUUUCAACUGAUGGCAGUUGCGACAGGAUGGUGGAAGAUGAACACACCAACCCACAAUUUCCAUGGCAGGUGAACCUAUUGACUCACAUUGAGGCCGUGCAAAAUGAAGUGAAUACCAGAAUGGACCUCAUUGAGAAGGAGCUGGAUGUUCUGGAAAGCUGGCUGGAUUUUUCAGGGGAUCUGGAACCACCGGAGCCACUUGCAAGACUUCCGCAGCUGAAACGCCACAUCAAACAACUCCUGACUGACUUGGGAAAGGUGCAGCAAAUGGCAUGCUGCUGCUCUCUUUGAGAAGAAAGAUGAUUGAUGGAUUGGAAUGGGGAACAGGAAUGUAGAAGGUGGAGUAACAUUAACUUUAACAGACAUGUUGUCGAGUGUGGGAUAAGGGGAUCAUGGCAAAGGACUGGAGCAGGCUGAAAAUCACAUCACAGAGAAAACAAUGAGGAGCUAAUCCUACAGAUUGUAGACAGAAGAACGAGUUCUACUAGCAAGUUUGGAGGGAUAAGAGAGACUUGAAAUGAAAAAAAAAUGAACUUCUAGGUAUCCUUCAACAUAAAGCUUUAGACACCUUCACUUUCACUCACAGUACUUGUCAGCAUAAAGUGACCCCAUAAUGUUGUGGCUCCCAUGCAUAUAGUUCAGAGAGCAUCCAAAAUCACACCAAGUGUUCACGCAUUCUUUCAUAACCUCUUGUGAAUUCCUUAGAGGGAGUUGUGGAAGGAUCUUUUGGCUGGUGAAUGAGCAGGAGGGUCAGCAGCAUUUGUUAUCACAGAUGCUAGAAACAGAUCAGAUCUGCUGCUCAAUUCAAGUACUGGAAUCAAGCACUUUCCCAGUUGACAGCUUAAUUGUCUGAUAUUAAUGAAAUAAUGCAGAGGUGAGAAGAUUGUGGGGCCAAAUGGAGACAGUUUUAAAUCACUGAGGUGAUAUUCAUUAUGAUCUUUGUGAUAGGUUGGUUUAAAACAGGUUCAGACCACUUGCUGCAGGAUUAGUUGAGAAAGGGGUAAUCAUUCCACAACAUGGACAGUUGGCUUCUGUGCAGUUCCUAGUGGUUAAACCUUAACUUCUUUAUGAAUUCUCCACAUUAUACAGCCUGGUUAUUUGAGGAGAAAAAUAAAAUAAAUAUUUGCACAGUUUGUGACCAGGGAAAGAUGAUGAAAUAUUUCAAAUUUUUUUCUGGCCUUUUAAGAGGAAAGGAUAGAAGGAAGGAACAUCUUCACUGAGGGUCUAAUUCAUGAAUUGACUGGUGAAUUUUACUGAUGAAUCCAUUCAGUUUAGUACCACUAUAUAACAACUGGAAUCUCGCUGGAUUUAACACAAGACUUGAAAAUGCAAAUAGAUUAUAUUCUGUGCAGCAACUUCAAUAUUUUACACCCACCACAGAUCUGAGAUUGGUUCUUAAAACUCUAUGUAACAUAAGGAUUUGAGCUCCUCUGUUGUGAUUCUGUACAGUAGAUAUCAGUACACUGUGCAGAGCCUAAACUGAGCUGUCAGUUUGUAAGUAAACCACCUGUACUCCCAGUUAGUUUGAGAAGUUCCAUCAACCUCUGUGGGGCAAAUGUUCACACUUUCAUUUGGACCCGAACACUACUCACAAGCAGGUUAGAGAAUAUGCAAAGCAAAUUUAUUUGUCCUAUGGAUUUUCCACCAUUCUUUCUCCCUCCCACUCCCUGCCAGAGAGGAAAAAAAUACUUUUCAAAUUGGUGCUUAAUUUUAAGGGCAUGUAAAAUAAGAGGAGUCAAGAAAGUGUAUUGAAUUGAGAGUUGUGCAGUGUACUGAAAGGGCUUGAUGCUGAGUAGUUGUUGCAGGAACAGCUAAUUAGUACCAGUACCUACAGUCCUACUCUGUGCAACAGUUUGCAGUUUUAUUAGAAGAAGAGUAUGAAAUUUAAUGUCAAUGCAAAUAGAAUCAGCUUGUAAGCUGUUGCUGCGGUGGAGGGCUUCACUAUUUUUUUACUUGCCUAAAAUACUCAGCUGCUGUUGUUCAGAAACAUGAAAUAUAACAAAAGAAUUGUGUGCCAGGCAAAUACAUUUGCCAACAGAAUGUAUGUUGACUCUAAAUGUAUAUGUCAAAAAAGUGUAUAU